AUACAGAAAUGAAAGUUUCAAACACGAUUAAUAGUCCAUCCAAUACUUCGACAAUUGCAACCGACAACGAUCGAAGGUUCAGCCGCCGUGGAACUAGUCGGCCGACAAGAAGACUACAGGAUUACUCUGAUGGAAAGAGUCAGGAUAAAGAUAGCAUUGCUUGUAAAGUCAAUUUGUUGGAUGGGAACGUUUUAUCAUUUAAUUUAGAUAAAAAAUCAAUUGGGGAAGAGCUAAUCAGCCUGGUGAACAAAAACCUGGAUCUAAUUGAGAAAGAAUACUUUGGACUGCAAUUUACUGAUUCUCUGAAAGUCUCGCAUUGGUUAGAUCCAUUAAAAAGGAUUAAAAAACAAAUGCGAGGACAUGCGCCUUAUACAUUCAACUUCCGUGUUAAGUUCUAUGCUGCAGAACCUCAUGGGUUAAGUGAGGAACUAACAAGAUAUCAUUUCUUUUUACAACUAAAGCAAGAUAUUUUGGCAAAAAGGUUAAAUGUUCCUUUAAAGAAAUUGGUGGAAUUGGCAGCAUACAGCUUACAAUCGGAGCUUGGCGAUUUUGAUCCGGAAUUACACGAACAUGAUUACAUCAGUGACUUCAAAUUCAUACCAGACCAGACGACUGAACUGGAAAAAGAGAUACAUCGAAAACAUCGGCAAUACGCUGGACUGAAUCCAGCAGAUUGUGAAGUUGCCUUUUUGAAGAUUAUAAAAACUAUUGAAUCCUAUGGCAUGCAUCAGUAUGACGUAAUGGGAGACAAAAACCGUGUCAAAUACAAAAUUGGUCUUUCGCACAAAGGAAUUAUCGUUAUUCAGGAUGAUAAUCAAGUUGCCGCCACACAUGCUUGGCCCAGGAUAACGAGUUUGUCUUUUAAAAGAAAUCGUUUUAAUAUCGUCGUUGAGAAAGCAGAGCUUCCAUCAGUACACGAACCAUUUUCCUUCACGUUGUCUUCUGCAAAGGCCAGCAAACAAAUGUGGAAAGCGGCUGUGGAGAACCAUUCUUUCUUCCGUUUGGUAAAAACCGGUGAGAGGCCAGUAUCUACUGCAAGUUUCUUCCGAAGAGGAUCCAAGUUUAGAUUCAGUGGACGAACCCAACAUCAGGUCAAUUCCGAGGCAAAGAAAAGUGCAAGAAAACAGAUGAGGAUUGAGAGAACACAAAGCGAAAGGUACUCAAAACGAUCAACUGUAGGAUAUAUCCGAGUUGGUUCCAAAGUUUGGGCCAAGGCAUUAAACGGAGAUUAUUAUAAAGGCGUUGUGACCGGGUUGGGCGAGAAGGUUCACAUCAAGUUCAACAAUGAAGACACAAUUGCUCACGAAAGAGAUGCAGAUGAUUGUGUUGUGUUUGACAUGGAUCCUAAUCCUGAGGAUAUUCAAAUUAAUACGAGAGUUAUUGCUCAUUGGUCGUCCAUCUCUGCUUACCUCUCUGGUAAUGUCAUCAAGAUCGAGGGACAGAAGUAUUAUGUCCAUUAUGACGAUGGAGAUAAAGGAUGGAAUUCCAUCAGGCAGUUACGGAUAUUAAAACCACCGACUUACUUUGGUCCAGGUGCGAAAUUACGAAAUAAAGUAAAAAAAGUCGAGUCAUUCAAGGAGACCAGUAUGAUGGCUCGUCCAAUGACUGUCGAAAAACCGCUGAAAGCCAAGGAACGCAGACUAUUAGAAAAGAACAGUGAAUCGAGACCUCCUUCCCAUGCCCCUCCUCCUCCACCAAACAGCGGAAACCAUAAUGGCAACUACAGCGAGGAGCGAAAGAUCGCCAGCAUCAAGAACACUGAUGUUGAUGAUAAACCACGUAAUGACAGUGGACCACGGCAUCACUCUGCCUCAGCAGCAGAGAGACGGACAGCACUCGAUAAACUUUUGAACUCGUCAGAUGUUGCUACCGAUGUUGAUACUGGGCGACCUGUGGUGAUUCGUGAUGAAGAACGAUAUAGAAAUAAACAUGCAACUGCCCCUCCUAUACGCAACCAAAGACCUUCGGACAAGAUUUCAGUAUCAAGUGAUCAGCGAGACUACUAUUCUUCUAAACAAGUUCCUCCUAUGACAGAACUCUAAUGACAUUCACCUGGCUUUCGUGGAAAAAUCAUAAAUCUAUAUAUAUUUCAUAUAAUUGAAACAUAUGGCAUCUAUAGUGGUUUAUAUUAGAUGCAUAAUUUUAUAUAUAUAUAGGUAGGGAAAAUAAUAUUAGACCACUUCGUCGAGUUCGCUAUAUACAUAUUAAUAUAUAUAAUGUAACUCCAUUUAGCUUGUGACUUUGUUCAUGUGAGUUAAUGUUCUCGUUCAACAUUGCGCCGGAUCAACAGGGCGUGGUUUCGGUUUAUAGGCCUGUUCAUAAAACAUGUUUUGUUAAAACCUUUAAUUUAUAAGACCUGUUCAUAUGAGCCGGAAUAGAACGGCAGUGCCGGGACGUCGCUGCACAUAUUAUAUCAUCACUAUGAUUGUAAAGUUGCAUUCAUAUGGAACUGGGCCAGCCCAGCUCUGCCGAGAUAUCCCGCCUGAGCGAAGCGAGAUCUCGUCCUUACGAGUAAUAAGAUAUAAGACGAUGCUUAGUGAAGUAUUAUAUGGCUAUCUUGGGUUUUAUAAUCUAAACGUGACCAAGAUUUUAAGUUUUAGAUAUGGUAACAAAAUGACAUUCUACAUCCUGUUGCGAUAUUUGUAACAUAGCUACCGGAUGUAAUUAGUAUUAAAAUAAUUUCGUAGUAUUUUAGUGUAUAGAUAUAUGAAUGCAUGACGGGAAACACCAACUGGAAACACCGUUUCUCAAAAUCCAUAAUAUGCCUGGGGUAUGGGGAUAUUCAUGGGGAUAUUCAUGGGGAUAUUCAUGGGGAUAUGGAGAUAUGCAUGGGAAUAUUCAUGGGGAUAUUCAUGGGGAUAUGCCCAAACUGUUUUCAUUCUAUAUCUAGAGUAUGGAAAUAACAUUUUUUAUUGAUAUCAUAUUUCAAUACCAUUUUCAACCAGCAUUCAUACUAUUCCAUGCAUAAAAUGGAUUUUGAAAAUUUUCCAGUUAACUUUAAAAUAUAUUUUAUACCUUAUGUUAAUGUAAGGCAUUUGCAAUAUAUAGUCAUGCAAUACAAUAACCCAAAUAGAUAGUAUAGGCUUUAUAUGACAUCACCACGU